UGAUAACCACACUGCCCGGCUGCCCGUCUGCUUAUAGGGCUGCCAUCGCCGCGUCUGUCUCCGCUCUCCUGGUCUGGACUCUAACCUUUUGAGGCGUCAUCGAUCAAUGGACGUAUUGACCUCCCCAACCCCAAGAGCUUCCCGGGUUCGAGGCGCCUGCCCAUCCCUCGCCGCCGGGAGUUCCUCGCGCUUAAGGCCGAGUUUUCGCCCUUUCCUCGUCAAGUUCGGUUCGCUGCCUCCUCUACGGUCGUCACUAAAAGUGUCUUCUCCGAUUUCAUCUGCUGAAGAGGUGGAGAAGAAUGACGCGGCUGAUCUUGCCAUUUGGGAUUUGACAUCAGGUACAGUGUCAUUGUCACCGUUAGAUGGACGUUAUAUGCAAAAGGUGAAGGAUUUGCGGCCAUUCUUCAGUGAAUAUGGACUGAUCCGGUACCGGGUUUUGGUUGAGGUGAAAUGGCUACAAAAACUCUCUCAAAUCCCUGAAGUUGUGGAGGUUCCACAGUUUAGUCAAGAUGCUCAUCUUUUUCUGGAAAGUAUUAUUGAUAAUUUUGACAUAACUGAUGCUAUAGAAGUAAAAAAGAUUGAGAAAAUAACUAAUCAUGAUGUGAAAGCAGUGGAAUACUUUUUGAAGCAGAAAUGUAAAUCCCAUUUGGAGAUUGCAAAGGUGCUUGAGUUUUUCCAUUUUGCAUGCACAUCUGAGGAUAUAAACAAUUUGGCUCAUGCUUUAUCACUCAAAGAGGCUCUGAGUGAUGUUGUUUUUCCAGUCAUGGUUGAUCUGUGUAAAGAAAUAUCUACUAUGGCUAAGGAACAUGCACACAUUCCUAUGUUGUCUCACACACAUGGCCAGCCAGCAUCACCUACUACUUUGGGAAAAGAAAUGGCAAAUUUUGCUGUUAGACUUAGUGAGAGAGGAAAGGCUUUCUCUAAAAUUCGGAUACUUGGGAAGUUUGCUGGCGCAGUCGGAAAUUAUAAUGCUCAUAAAGUUGCAUAUCCUGAUAUCAACUGGAAAUGUAUAGCUGCAGAGUUUGUACAAUCUUUGGGAGUAGAUUUUAAUGCUUAUGUAACACAGAUAGAGCCUCACGACUAUAUUGCAGAGCUUUUCAAUAACAUCAUUCAGUUUAACAACAUCUUAACUGAUCUUGACAGAGAUAUCUGGAGCUACAUAUCUUUAGGUUACUUUAAACAGAUAACAAAGGCUGGAGAGAUUGGAUCUUCCACUAUGCCUCACAAAGUAAAUCCUAUAGAUUUUGAGAAUAGCGAGGGUAAUCUGUGCUUGGCUAAUGCUAUUUUAUCAGCCUUGAGCAUGAAACUUCCCAUUUCACGGAUGCAGCGUGACCUGACGGAUUCGACUGUCUUGAGGAACUUAGGUGUUGGAUUAGGGUACUCUCUUCUGGCUUAUAAAAGUGCAUUACAAGGAAUCAAGAAGCUCCAGGUGAAUGAAUCUCGUUUGAAUGAAGACUUGGACCAGACUUGGGAAGUCCUUGCGGAGCCUAUACAAACUGUGAUGCGAAGACAUGCUGUUCCUGAGGCAUAUGAGAAGCUGAAGGAAUUAACUAGAGGAAGAGAAGUCUCCAAGCAAAGCAUCAGAGAGUUCACUGAGUCCUUGGAUUUACCUGAGGAAGCAAAAGCAAUUCUCUUGAACUUGACUCCAAAUUCCUACAUUGGAGAAGCGGAAGAAUUGGCCAAGUCUGUGGAUGAGGCAGUGGAUUUAGUAAAUGGAUUUAAGCUCCCUUGAACCAUCAUUCUCCCAUGUUUUAGCAUUCAAUAAUCUGUAACUUUGUAUAAUAAAUGCAAAUUAAUCUUCUCCUUUUUCUUCUCUAAUAACAGGCAAAAUCUAACUUUUUGAGUGAAAAUUCUGAGUGUUUAAUUGAAGCUCAUGAUAUCAUGAUAUCAUGUUUACUAAAUCUUCAACUUUGGCAGAGUCA